CACCAACCAGCUGAUGUGCUUUGACCAAUGCUACAUAUACAUCUACGAAAAUGUUUUGACAACAAACUACAUUCUCGCUGCUUCUAAACUCUCUCACGGCAACAUGGCAAAGCUACCUGUGAAGUACUAUGUGGUGGACGCGUUCACUGACUCAGCUUUCAAGGGAAACCCAGCAGCGGUGUGUUUAUUAGAGGAACAGAGAGAUGAGAAAUGGUUGCAAGCUGUGGCAGCUGAGUUCAACAUCGCCGAGACUUGUUACUUGACUCGGCUAUCUGGGUCCGACUCUCUUGACUCGUCCAAUCCUAGGUUCCGUCUCAGAUGGUUCACUCCUGUUGCUGAGGUCUCACUUAUUAAUUUCACUUCGUUGGCAGCUGCACAUGCAUUGUUUUCAUCUGGUUUGGUGAAUUCCAACAUUAUUGAGUUUGUCACACUCUCUGGAAUUUUAACUACUAAAAAGUUCCAGGAAACCAAGGCAUCUAAUAUUUCGGAUAUUCAGAAUGGUGAAUCGCAAGAUUGCUUUCUGAUUGAAUUGGAUUUUCCAACUAUUCCAACAAUUGAUUCCAAUUCUGAAGAAGUUUCAUCAAUUUCCAAUGCCUUCAAUGGUGCUUCUGUGAUUGAUAUAAAGAACACUACUACUUCAGAUGGCCUCCUUGUUGUACUCCCAUCAGGAGAAAGUGUGGUUGAAAUACAGCCAGAGUUUGAUGCUAUACGUAAAUGUCCUGGACCGGGGAUAAUUGCAACAGGGGCUGCUCCCUCAGGGUCUGGGUUUGAUUUUUACAGUCGGGCCUUUUGGCCAAAACUUGGGAUCAAUGAGGAUCCUGUUACUGGGAGUGCACAUUGUGCACUAGCACCAUACUGGAGCAAAAAGCUUGGGAAGUGUGAUCUUGUUGCAUAUCAGGCAUCACCUAGAAGUGGAGUACUAAACAUUCAUCUAGACGAACAAAACCAGAGAGUGCUAAUGCGAGGAAAAUCUGCUACUAUCAUGGAAGGGUCUCUCUUAGUUUAGAAAUUUGAAGUUAGAACUCCAUAUUGCAUGUAUUUUACAAUUGAAAUAAAUGACUAUUACCGGGUGGAAGAAUCCCCUGGAGCUAGAGUUUUCAAAUUCUAUAGCUGCAAGGUGAUAUUUUUUUCCCUUUAAGAGAAACUUUCAAUAACUGUUCCACAUAACAAUGUUUGUCAAGGCAAGUUUUCAAAUACAGCUUCAUUUUUCUCUGUAA